AUGGCCACCCAAGGUUUCGAAUCAUUUAACUGGCAAACAACUGAGCUCAACUACACCUUCCAUCUCAACGGCCAAACCCUCCUCAUUGUAGUCAUUUUCAUCUCCGUCCUCCUCAUCAUCACCUUAUUAUACAUAUACAUCCAUUUCAUGUUUCACCACGGCCUUGUCUCCGGUGUCACGGCCUCAAAUGUGAGCUCCACGCCGCAUGCGGUAGUGCCUGCAGCUUGGUCACCGGGGAUUGAUGCCGCCGCCAUCAACCGCCUGCCCAUUUUCGUGCACCGGUCGUCGGCCGCUAAUUCGGACGUGUCAAACAGUGUUGUUGUUGAAUUUACAGAGUGCUCGAUAUGUCUUGAUAUGUUUCGAGAUGAAGAGAUUGUUAAGGUGUUGCCUGUAUGUCAACAUGCUUAUCAUUCUGUGUGUGUUGAUAGGUGGCUAAGCACUCACUCUACUUGUCCUCUUUGUAGAGCUUCUCCUCAUGUUCACUCUUCCAUUAGUGAUCAACCAAGCAAUCUUUGA